AUGUCUCUGAGUGGAGUUAGAGCCCUGGCCCUCUUCGCCCCACACAGCAUGCCAACGUUCAUCCUCGCCUUGUCCCACCGCCUGCACGCGUCCGCCUUUGCAGUCGUGGGGCUGGGCAUGUGGGAAGCUAUCUCCCUUCUCCACCCAUCGUCGAAACCCCCAUCUUUUUCCCCCUUCCUUUCCCCCAGCCCUCUUCACCCGGCACGGCAUGCCAACGCUCAUCUUCGCCCCAUCCCACCGCCUGCAUGUGUCGAUGUGUCGCCCAGUCAGCUUAAAAUACCACCUUCCCCUUUCUCCCCCCUCUCUUCCCCAGCCCUCUUCGCUCCACACGGCAUGCCAACGUUCAUCUUCGCCUCGUCCCACCGCCUCCACGCAUCCGCCUUUGCAGUCGUGGGGCUGGGCGCGCGGGCAGGGCGGUACCUGUGGGGGAGCAGGGAGGAGACGUGCCUGUGGAUCUCCCUUGAAGGACCGAGGGCUAUUAUGGGAACGUUGGUCUAUUAUUUUCCAGAGGAUACGAAUGGACUUAAGGUGAACGGGUUACCACCUAGGGACCCCAGCAGAGUGUCACUGUACGAGACUGUGAUUAUACAGUGCACGCUGAAUGCUCCCACUCCUGCUGAUUCUGGUGAGUGGCACUUCCCCGCUGGGACACUCUUUGCCACUAUACACGGCGACGAGGUGCUUAUAAGGAGGGAGAACCUUCCGAAAAAGGUCUCCGGUUCAAAUCGUACUUCUGGUUCGGACGGCCUUCUGGUUCUUGACCCUCCCACGCCGCUCCCCCGCUGGCUCACUGUGUGCACUCAACUCAUCACCCAACCGGUGCGGCCAGAGCGAGUGCUGGAGCAGAUUCAGCUCUUCACUUAUUACAGUGCCGACAGCUUUCUUGUAUACGACGGGGGAGGAGUGGACGAGCUUCUAAGGCAGGCGCUAAGGCCGUACGUCACUGCAGGGAUGGUCGAAAUCGUACCUCUUAUGGGCUUGUCACACCUCUCAGCACAGCUGGAUGUGCUUGUAACGAACGACUGCCUCUACCGCACGCGCUUCACCUCCCGCUGGGCCACCUUCGUCACAUUAGAAGAACUACCCUUUGUCUUCAACGGCCGCCUGUCGCUGCGCAUGGCACUGGAGGACAACGAGGACGCACCGUGGCUGUCAGUGGGGUCGUACGAGUGGAGCAUCAAGCUUUGCAGGAGAGGAGUGGCUGGCACAGCAGAUGUUGCAGGAGAGGAGUGGCUGGCACAGCAGAUGGUGUAUCGCAUGCCCACCCCCACCUGCUCCCACGCCACCACCAACGCCUCAGCUAUAGACCACUGCGUGGGCACCGCUGGUUACCGCCGGUUGCUCUUCAACCCCAGGCGCGUGGACGUGUUACAGCCGCACGCUGCUGUUAAGCCGGCGGAUGAAGGCGUGAAUAUCUCUGCAAGGAAAAUGAAUUAUAAUCGAUAUAAGGUGAUGGGUCUCAUGCUGGGUGAGUUCGUGGAUUGCUACACAGUCCGGGCGGUUGAUCUGUUCGCCAUGCAUGCCUCAGGGCGUGCGGCAGUGCCCAUGGAAGUCAUGGGUUUGAUGCUGGCCGAGUUCGUGGAUGACUACACUGUCCGAGUGGUUGAUGUUUUCGCCAUGCCUCAGAGCAGUUUCUUUCCCUUCCACACGUGCUGUCCCUUCCUUCCCUCCCUUCUCUCAGGUCGAGCGGGAGUGCCCAUGGAAGUCAUGGGUUUGAUGCUGGGCGAGUUCGUGGAUGACUACACUGUCCGAGUGGUUGAUGUUUUCGCCAUGCCUCAGAGCAGUUUCUUUCCCUUCCACACGUGCUGUCCCUUCCUUCCCUCCCUUCUCUCAGGUCGAGCGGGAGUGCCCAUGGAAGUCAUGGGUUUGAUGCUGGGCGAGUUCGUGGAUGACUACACAGUCCGGGUGUUUGAUGUUUUGUUCGCCAUGCCUCAUGCAUCAAAGCGUGCUUAUUCCCCCCCACACAUUGCCGGAUUCCCGCUUGCUCAUCCACCUUGCACGGCGUGCGGGAGUGCCCAUGGAGUGCCCAUGGAGGUCAUGGGUCUGAUGCUGGGCGAGUUCGUGGAUGACUACACCGUGCAGGUGGUUGACGUCUUCGCCAUGCCUCGUGCCUCAUAUUGUCUCUCCUUUUCUCUCCUCCUACCGCCAGGUCGAGCGGGAGUGCCCAUGGAGGUGAUGGGUCUCAUGCUGGGCGAGUUUGUGGACGACUACACUGUCCGGGUGGUGGAUGUGUUCGCCAUGCCUCAGAGCGGCUUUGUUCCCUUGUGCUCUCUCCUUGCCCCACCCACCUUGUCAGGUCGAGCGGGAGUGCCCAUGGAGGUCAUGGGUCUGAUGCUGGGCGAGUUUGUGGACGACUAUACUGUCCGGGUUGUUGAUGUGUUCGCCAUGCCUCAGAGCGGCACGGGCGUGAGCGUCGAGGCGGUGGACCCAGUUUUUCAAACUAAGAUGCUCGACAUGCUCAAGCAGACGGGCAGGCCUGAAAUGGUGGUUGGGUGGUACCACUCGCAUCCAGGCUUUGGCUGCUGGCUGUCAGGCGUCGACAUCAACACACAGCAGAGCUUUGAGGCGCUGAACCAGCGGGCAGUGGCUGUCGUGGUGGAUCCUAUUCAGUCAGUCAAGGGCAAGGUGGUGAUCGACGCCUUCCGGCUCAUCAACCCACAGACUAUGAUGCUGGGGCAGGAACCGCGCCAAACCACCUCUAACCUCGGUCAUCUCCACAAGCCGUCCAUCCAGCAGGCCACGCCUGGGCUGUCAGUCAAGGGCAAGGUGGUCAUCAACGCGUUCUGCCUCAUCAACCCACAGACCAUGAUGCUGGGGCAGGAACCGCGCCAAACCACCUCUAACCUCGGUCAUCUCCACAAGCCGUCCAUCCUGCAGGCCACGCCUGGGCUGUCAGUCAAGGGCAAGGUGGUCAUCAGCGCGUUCUGCCUCAUCAACCCACAGACCAUGAUGCUGGGGCAGGAACCGCGCCAAACCACCUCUAACCUCGGUCAUCUCCACAAGCCGUCCAUCCAGACCAUGAUGCUGGGGGGGCGCUACUACUCCAUCGGUAUCAACUACCGCAAGAACGAGCUGGAGGAGAAGAUGCUACUUAACCUGCAGAGAAAAAGCCUUCCCCCUUUCCCUUUCACCUCCCUGCUGUCCCAAUCCGCCCCUCCCUCCUUCCCCCUUUCUGUUCCCGCGCUGAUUCAUGGGUUGAACCGGCACUACUACUCCGUCGGCAUCAACUACCGCAAGAACGAGCUGGAGGAGAAGAUGCUGCUCAACCUGCACAAGAAGAAUUUUCCUCCUUUCCCUCUUCCGCCCUCCCCUUUCCCCUUUUCUGCCCUCUCUUUCCACCAUUUCGCCCUCCCCUUUCGCCUGCUUCUUCCCUCCCUUAUUUCUCUGGUCCCGUCUCCUCAACCCCCCCCCCCCCAACAGGCCCUUAUCCACGGCCUCAACCGGCACUACUACUCCAUCGGCAUCAACUACCGCAAGAACGAGCUGGAGGAGAAGAUGCUGCUGAACCUGCACAAGAAGAAGUGGGCACACGGGCUGACGCUGCAGCCCUUCGAGAGCCACAACAAGAAGAACGAGCAGAUCGUGCAGGACAUGUUGGAACUAGCUCAGAAGUACAACAAGGCAGUACAGGAGGAGGAUACAUUGUCGACUGAGAAGUUUGCGAUUGCGAGUGUGGGGAGGCAGGACGCAAAGAAGCACCUGGAGGAGCAUGUGUCGACACUCAUGUCGUCCAAUAUCGUGCAGACACUAGGCACGAUGCUGGACACUGUCGUGGUGAAGCCAGUGACUCAGAAGGAGAAGGACGAGGAGGACAAGGCGAAGGUGGCAGCAGGCAUGUGUGACAAGAUUCAGAGCUACGCCAAGCUGUACGGGGAGGGGCCAAUUGCAUGGCAACCACAGGCAGACAAAUACGUGUUGAUGGACUGCCACAGGAACCAGAUGAGCAAUCGUGUGCGGUGCAUCAAGAACUACCUCCUGGCAGCUGGUUAUUUGAACCGCACGCUGGUGGUGCCUCUGCAUGCCGAUGAAAUCACCUAUCACUACGAACGCCGCGCUUACUUUGACAUCAACCACACGCGCCGCUGCUUCGGCCCUCGCACUGUCAUUUCCCGUGAUGAGCUUCUGGAAGAGGAGAGGAAGAGGAGGAUGGGCGGUGCAGGAGGGGGAGGGGGAGAAGGAGGGGGAAAUGUUACGGUGAAUGUCGACCAGAUCGUCUGUUUGAUUGGUCGGUGUUACAAUCAGGACCACAUGGGCGUUCCAGACCUCAUGCCGAACCUAACCGGCAUCGGUUACUCGCCGAACCUAAAGUGGACGAACGGCGGGUUUGUUCAGAGCCAUCCAAUCAACAUCACCGAUUUCCACCGGUCUUACCACAUCCCUGACCCCUCUCACUUUUUCCUACAGGUGAACGAACUCGAGAAUAUCAUGCGUACCUACAUCCCGAACCUGAGGCUGGUUCGGCAGCCGACGUUCCUGACAGGCGAGGACUGGGCGGCAGUGCUUGCUCAGGCCAAUUUCACCCACAUGUUCACUGUGCAAGCCAUGCUAGAUAAGGAGUAUGACGAGAGAGGAGUGCAAGCGGGUCAGGAAGAAAGCACUGUGGCGGGUGCAGUGGGUGCAGUGGAUGGAGUGGGUGCAGUGGGUGCUGCAGUGGGUGCUGCAGUGGGUGCUGCAGUGGGUGCUGCCACUAACCGACCCAUCAGACUCGACUGGGUGAAGCCAGUGACCCAGAAGGAGAAGGACGAGGAGGACAAGGCGAAGGUGGCAGCAGGCGUGUGUGACAAGACUCAGAACUAUGGCAAGCUGUAUGGGAUGGGACCUAUUGCGUGGGAGCCGCAGCCUGGCAAAUACGUGUUGAUGGAUUGCUACAGGAACCAGGUGAGGGGUUGGGAGGAGUGGAGAGCAGUGUAUGGUAUGGCUGCAGGCGUGUGUGACAAGACUCAGAACUAUGGCAAGCUGUAUGGGAUGGGACCUAUUGCGUGGGAGCCGCAGCCUGGCAAAUACGUGUUGAUGGAUUGCUACAGGAACCAGGUGAGGGGUUGGGAGGAGUGGAGAGCAGUGUAUGGUAUGGCUGCAGGCGUGUGUGACAAGACUCAGAACUAUGGCAAGCUGUAUGGGGCGGGGCCGAUUUCGUGGCAGCCGCAGCCUGAGAAAUACGUGUUGAUGGACUGCUACAGGAACCAGAUGAGCAACCGAGUGCACUGCAUGAACAAGUACCUCAUAGCAGCAGGCUAUCUGAAUCGCACACACACCCAUUCCCACCGCACUCCACCACACUCCACCCCUUCCCACCGCACUCCACCAGAUGAGCAACCGGGUCCGGUGAAGCAGCUGGAGCAAGUUAUCCGUGCCUCCAUUCCAAACCUCAGGCUGGUUCGGCAGCCGGCGAGCCUGGCGGGCGAGGACUGGGCGGCAGUGCUUGCCCAGGCCCAUUUCACCCACAUGACCACAGUACAAGCUGUACUCGAUAAGGCUAUAUGCGUUAUGGCGGAUGUGUUUUUGGGGACCGAUGCGUCGUCCUUUAGUGCAGAUAUAAAUAGGAUCCGAGCAGGACUUAGAUUUCAAGAAUGUGACGAUGCUCCAAUUUGUCAUGGGUUGCCGGUGGUGGGUGGGAGAUAG